CAGGCCCCUGGGCCAGGGGUAUUCCUGGUGCCCGGGCACCAUGGGCCCAUAGAACUCGCCGCCCAUGAACAGGGGGAGUUAUGGGCUGUGUUUGUCAUUCACAUGUAUCAUUUUAAUAUGUGUGUUGGGAGGGGUGGUAUCCCCCUAGGCUUCAGCCCGGGGCAGGGACUCACCUCUGGGCUCUCUCCCAUGUUGCCUUUGUGUUGCCAACUCUUGUGCUCCAAGCUGCUGGAACUGCUAUACAGUACAGUACUUCAGUUUUCAUUCUUUUAAAGAAAGUUUCUAGCCGUCCCGGUGAGGAAGCAGGUGCACUGUGAAGGCACAGAAAUCUUUUAUCAUGUAAAAUACGUCAUGAAUUUUAAGCCAAUCUAAUGAUUUUUCAGGGCCAGACUCUGAUUUUUGAAGACUGGGGACUGACAAUACUACUCUUCCCUGGCAAAAUCUUCCUGAUAAAAUCCUAACAGCCACUAACUUAACCUCAAAUUCUUCCUUAAGAGUCACCUUUGCUGUUAUACCUACAAACCCCAGCCUGUUAAACAUAGCUGGACUAGAGACAAGCUGUGAUUCUUCCUCCCCAAUUUGCAGUGAAUCCUCCAAGAAAUGGCCACACAACUCAGACCAGCCAGUAAGAAAUGCACCGUGAUAGGUGGCUCAGGAUUCUUAGGCCAACACAUGGUGGAGAGGCUGCUGGAGAAAGGCUACACAGUCAAUGUGUUUGAUAUCCAAAAGGGGUUUGAGAAUGAUAAAGUGCAGUUUUUCCUGGGAGAUCUCUGCAGUAAAAAGGACCUGUUCCCAGCUCUACAAGGUGUGACAGUGGCUUUUCACUGUGCUUCACCAGCACCUUCCAGUGACAACAGGGAUCUGUUUUACAAGGUGAAUUUUAUGGGGACCAAAACUGUCAUUGAAGCCUGCAAAGAAGCUGGGGUUCAGAAACUGGUGUUAACCAGUAGUGCCAGUGUAGUCUUUGAGGGCACAGACAUCAAGAAUGGAACAGAAGACCUCCCUUAUGCAAAGAAGCCCAUCGACUACUAUACAGAGACCAAGAUCCUGCAGGAGAAGGAAGUGUUAAAUGCUAAUGACCCAGAGGAUAAUUUCUUCACAACUGCCAUUCGCCCUCAUGGGAUAUUUGGUCCCAGGGACCUCCAGCUGGUUCCCAUCCUCAUUCAGGCAGCUAAGAGUGGCAAAAUGAAGUUCAUGAUUGGGGACGGGAAGAACCUAGUAGACUUUACUUUUGUGGAAAAUGUGGUCCAUGGGCACAUACUAGCUGCAGAGCAUCUUCAUAAAGACUCUCCCCUGUGUGGGAAGGCAUUUCACAUCACAAACGAUGAGCCAGUCCCUUUCUGGUCAUUCAUGUCCCGUAUCUUGACUGGCUUGAACUACGAUGCACCCAAAUACCAAAUACCCUAUUCAGUGGCAUAUUACUUAGCCCUCUUACUGUCUCUGGUGUUGCUGCUGCUGAGUCCACUCAUCACGAUCAAACCUACCUUCACCCCCAUGCGGGUAGCAUUAGCUGGGACAUUCCAUUACUACAGUUGCAAGAGGGCCAAAAGGGACAUGGGCUACAAGCCGGUGGUGAGCCUGGAUGAAGCAGUGGAGAGGACUAUCCAGAGCUAUUCCCACCUACGCCGGGCCAACUACAUAAACGAGCUCGGGGUCAUGUCCCCUUCCUCCCUCACCUGUGAACUGCUGAUUAAGGGAACUUGUGUCUACAAUUACUGCAAAGAAAUGUAUCUUCAAGGUAAAAAUGUCUGUAUAAUAUGCUUAAUGCUGAAAACAGUAAACAGCUGGGUAUAAUUAUAUUCUGUAUAUAGCUAUUAAUAUUCAUUAUAUGGGCAUUCAUGUUAUCAAAUAAGGGUUUUGGGGAUGUUGUAGUAAAUGGGUAGUUACAUAUUAACUUAGGUAAAAAAGCGUGAUGUGAUUAACUUACCACUUACUUGACAAUUGGGUCAAGGGGAACAAGUACCGCAAUAAAGAAGCCUGUUUACUCAA